GAAUAAAAAGCUUCAAACACUAUAAUUUUCAUUUUAUAAAUAAGUCCACUAAUUUGUUAAAAUUAUGAUCAAACUAUCUUUGAGUAGCCUACAAUAAAUAAGAUUAUUAGAAUUGUGACUGAAAAUUAUUACAAAUUUCCGUUCGCUUUUAACAAUAUGGCCGCCAGUUGUUUAGGGUAAUGUGGCGUUCGACAAAACUGAGUGAAAUUACUAAAAUAUUUAUUAGUGGAAUAAAGAUGUACAAGAUCUACAGCAUUUUAUAGCAGUGUUUAAUGCAGAGGCAUCCCUUCGUAUUUUUUUAGUUGGUGUAUAAAAUUUUGAAUGCAUAUAAAUCGUCGUCAAAAUUGGACAGUCAACAAACUUUUGUUUAUUUUACUCGAGGCAACUCGUCUGUUCUGGCUGAAAAUACCUGAUUAUGAACCAUCGAUAUUACUCUUGAAAUAGUGGAACAGGGACUGUCGCCGACACAUUAGACUUUGGUUUUUAUGACCGGCUGCAUAUCUGAAAUUAAUCCCUCAGGGGAGAUAGGUUAUGGCAAACUUGAAUUUCCAGCAAGCACCUCGAAGCUUAGCAAGUGGUGGAGUGGGCGGCGUGGGCGGUCGCGUGAGCUCAGGGUUGGUGGGCGGCGUCUCCGGGCAUGUGACGCCGACGUUCGGCGGCGCGCUGUCGCCCGGCCGCGGUUCCACGGCGAUGCCGGGCGGCGCCCCGCCGUCCAUGGCCUCUCGAGCCACACUCUUCGGACAGCGGGCGUUCGCUGAUCGCAGGGUACCGAUGCCGACGACCUUGUCGCAACCUAAUUCUAAUUCUAUGUCGAGUAUGAGCAACUUGUCCCGGUUUAACGCAAGCAACAAUUACCAUUCUGUGUUCGGCGAGGGCGGCGACACGUCAACGCCACCGCUACUGGACCUUAGCGAGUUCCCGUCGUUGACGGCGCGCGGCGCCGGAGACCAGGCGCCCGCAGCCGCUCCACCGCCACCUGGCUCUAAACCUUACGUGGGUAUGGUGAAGCAGCCGACGUCGGAGCAGUCGGAGUUCACGAUGUCGUCGGAGGACUUCCCCGCGCUGCCCGGCACGUCGGCGGGCGCGGCCGGAGCGGCGGCAGCAGCGGCGGCCGCGGGGGGCUCCGGCGGGCCCGCGCCGCCCUCCACCGACCUCGUGCACGUGCCCGACAAGGCGCGCAAGGGCAUACAGACCUCACCUGACGGUAAAGUGACGAAUAUACCAGAGACAAUGAUACCCAAUCAGUUCGGUAUAGUGGGGCUACUGACGUUCAUAAGAGCAGCGGAGUCAGAUCCCAGUCUCGUGUCGUUAGCCCUCGGACAGGACUUGACGGCACUCGGUUUGAAUCUAAAUUCACCGGACAAUCUAUAUUUGACUUUUGCUGGACCUUGGGCGGACACGCCGUGCAGACCACAGGAUAUGGACUACCACGUGCCUCCGGAAUAUUUAAUAAACGGUUCAAUAAGAGAAAAGCUGGCGCCGUUACGACUGAAUCGAUAUAAGGAAGAUCUAUUAUUUUACCUGUUUUAUUGUUUUGUCGGUGACGUGCUGCAAAUUGCGGCUGCGUCGGAACUAUAUAAUCGCGAAUGGCGGUAUCACAUGGAGGAGAAGGUGUGGAUCUCUCAAGCGCCCGGCAUGCCGAUGGUGGAAAAAACAUCGACGUACGAGCGCGGCACCUACUACUUCUUUGAUGCGCAUAAUUGGCGCAAGGUGGCGAAAGAAUUCCACCUGGACUACAGCAAGCUAGAGGGACGGCCGCAGCUGCCGCCGCAUGUGCUCACCUAGCGACUCUCACACACCUAUUGUAGUUUUGUUAUAUAAAAAGUACAAGUUUAA